CGCUUCCCCGGCGCGAGGUGGCCGAGUUAAACCAAUCAGGCGGCUCAGAUGAGUCAUUUCGACGGCUGGAGCCGGCCGAGUUAAGCCAAUCAGCGGGCGGCGCGCGAUGGCCGGGUGGGAGUAGUGAAAGAGGCUCGUUCCGUUAGGUGCGUGCGCCGCCAUUUACCGGCGAGCGGUUGUGGGAGGUGGUAGUGGCCACUGAGGGGCCGAGACUGUUGGUUAUGCCGGCCGGCGCGCGGCGCUCGCUGGCUUCCCCGGUGGUGAGCGGCGUCCUCUGUCAAUGCGGCACGGCGCCGACGACGGUCUGUUCGAGCGGGCCUCUCCCGGCGGCAUCCACGGCAGCAGUCGCGAGUGAGGGGAGCGGCGGCGGACCCUCUCCCUCUCCUCCUCCUCAUUCCGCUUCGCUCCUGGAGCACGAGCGGCGCCUACAUAGCCUCUUCCUGCAGCUCGACGUGAACCGUGAUGGCGCCCUUUGCGUCCACGACUUGGCCGUCGGCUUGGAACGGCUCGGGCUCCACCGCUCCGAGAGGGACUUGUGGAAAAUCGUAAAAGCUGGAGAUAAAGAUCUUGAUGGGCAGCUGGACUUUGAGGAGUUCGUUCACUACCUCCAAGACCAUGAAAAGAAACUGAGGCUCGUUUUCAAGAGUUUAGACAAAAAGAACGAUGGCUGCAUCGAUGCCCAGGAGAUCAUGCAGUCCCUUCGGGAUCUGGGAGUUAAGAUCUCUGAACAGCAGGCCGAGAAAAUUCUGAAGAGCAUGGAUAAAAAUGGGACAAUGACAAUAGACUGGAACGAAUGGCGUGACUAUCACCUGUUGCAUCCUGUGGAGAACAUUCCUGAGAUUAUCCUGUACUGGAAGCACUCAACGAUUUUUGACGUGGGAGAGAAUCUGACAGUACCAGAUGAGUUCACAGUGGAAGAGAGGCAGACUGGAAUGUGGUGGCGACACCUGGUUGCAGGCGGAGGAGCUGGGGCAGUGUCAAGGACAUGCACCGCUCCUUUGGACCGCCUGAAAGUGCUCAUGCAGGUCCAUGCUUCUCGCAGCAACAACAUGUGCAUUGUUGGAGGUUUUACCCAAAUGAUCAGAGAGGGUGGCACGAGGUCACUUUGGCGAGGGAAUGGCAUCAAUGUUUUGAAAAUUGCUCCAGAAUCUGCCAUCAAAUUCAUGGCCUAUGAACAGAUCAAGCGGUUCAUUGGCACUGACCAGGAAGUGCUGAGGAUUCAUGAGAGGCUGGUAGCAGGUUCGUUGGCAGGAGCCAUUGCACAGAGCAGCAUCUACCCAAUGGAGGUUCUGAAGACACGGAUGGCCUUGCGCAAGACAGGGCAGUACUUGGGGAUGCUGGACUGCGCCAAGAACAUCCUUGCCAAGGAAGGAAUGGCCGCCUUUUACAAAGGGUACAUCCCCAAUAUGCUGGGGAUCAUUCCGUAUGCUGGAAUUGACCUGGCUGUCUAUGAGACCUUGAAAAACAGUUGGCUGCAACGUUACGCAGUGAACAGUGCUGACCCCGGGGUGUUUGUUCUGUUGGCCUGCGGUACCAUGUCUAGCACCUGUGGACAAUUGGCCAGUUACCCUCUCGCCCUGGUACGGACACGAAUGCAAGCUCAAGCUUCCAUUGAGGGAGCACCACAGGUGACGAUGAGGGGCCUCUUCAAGCAUAUCCUGAAGACAGAGGGAGCCUUUGGCCUCUACAGGGGCUUGGCUCCCAACUUCAUGAAGGUGAUCCCAGCAGUGAGCAUCAGCUACGUGGUCUAUGAGAACCUGAAGAUGACUCUGGGCGUGGACUCUCGGUGACCAGAUGGUGUCUGGACCCUUGAACUCUUUCAACGAAAUCUUGGGGCUCCAGUCCCAAGGUGUCUUGCCAUUUCAUUCCGUGAAUGUGUUGACUGACACUAAGCUGAUCAAGCCAAGCUGUGAAAAUCCCAGGCGGUGUGUGUUGGGGACAGCACAGGAGGUCUUGGGUCUUUUUACCGUGUUGCUAUCACGAGAGCUAUCUGUGUUUUAAACAAUCAUUUGGCAGUUUUCACCAGGUGCAAGGGACCAUACUGGAUAUCCAAGGGAAAUGUCUUGAGCUGUCAGUGCCAGCCUGGCUCCUAGCACAGUGGAGAGACGAUGAGCACAGCCCUCCUCUUUAGAGUCUCUUGUGCAGGUUCAGAGUUAGAGAAUGCAUCAUCCACCAACUUGCUUGAAAGAGCUUCUUUCUGUUGAGUUGUAAACUCUUCCUCGCUGUAGUUUUGUAUCUGCAAAAGACCUGCCUUGGGUAGGAAUGGCUGCUGGGCCAAAAAUAUUUUGCUGUUUACAUGCAUUCCUUUGGAUAGGAGCAAUUCAUUUUUUUCUACUUCAGAAUUCUGACACUGCAAUGUAAAUUUGAAACCAAGGCUUCAGGGCAAAGCCAGUCCCUGCUGAGGCUGAGUGUUACGUUCAGCCGGGCGGAGUUUGAAAUCUUUUCAUUUUGGUAUAUCUGAGUGUGUGUCCCUGUAAAACUGCUAGCAAGAUGCACUUAUUAACAGAAGCAGUAGCAGCCUAGUGCUGCAUAUCUGUGUCUGCAUGCUGGAGAAGCUGGGAGGACUUUUGUGCAAUGUGGCACGUUUUGAAUAACUUGACUAACGUAACUGUGGGAAGCUGAGUGGCUUGACCCAUCUUUGCAUCUGAGCCCCCCAGCGUAGCAUGGCGGGGGCUGGGGAGUGGGCAGGUGAUGGAGGGCCGUCUUUGCCUCCCAGGCAGCCUUUUUGCAUGGGGCUUCAAAUGCAGUUCUGCCACUGCUGGGUGUGGCAAGUCCUUCUCCUCGGAACCCUGAGCCUCUUUUGAUCUUUAUAGGUUGAUGCUAGACCUUACAUUUAGGGUAAGGGGGACUUUGGGCUAGGAAGUAGCUUUUGCUGUGGGGAGUGGGCUAGGUUAACUGACAGCAGGAAAGUGGUAGCCUUCAUUUGGGGACUGGAAGGGGCUUAUAGGGAAAAGGGGAAGUGGCAGCUGCCAUGACUGACUCUGUCAAGGGCUCCUUGAGUCUGUCUGCUCAGAUGUCUUGGGGUCCAGGGGGCUUUGACUUGGGGUCCAGCAUCACAUUCCAUCGUCGUUGUUUUUACUCCUUAAAACAUAUUUAUUUUGUAUUUAUUUAAAAGACAAAAGUGUUAUUGUUGAACUAUUUUUAUAGACAUGUUUAAAUAUAGUUACUUUGUCCUUGGUAUUCUGUAUUUUUGUAGGUUUCGUAUUUAUGUUCUUAAACAUUUUGCACAUUUUAAACAUUGCCCAAUUGAAUCACCAUUGAAAAGGGGACACACACACCCUGCAGAGGUCACUUAGUGCUCAGUUUCCCUUCCAUAGACUCUGCUGCCAGUCUGGGUUGACAGAGAGCCUCAGAUGGUCAAGAUGAAUUCCUUGUAGGAAAAAGCCUUAGGAGAGGGGGUGGGUAGGGUGGGAAUGGUAUGUCGGGAGAGAGGUUUUGCUGGAAUGAGAGGCCAUUGUUUGGGGCUUGCCUUACUGUGGAAUUGCCUUACGUUUUGUUACUGAAUUUGGAUGGGUGUUUGAAGAACCACAAGCUGGAUUUUUUUAUGUUUAGUUUUUGCAAUGGUUAAUGAUGAAAAGGGCUGACUGGACUUGCAGGGGGGGGGAUCUCAGGGAGACAAAAAUCACAAGAUGCCCGUUUUCCUGAUGUGUGGAAGGAAGUUUACACUUAGAGCCAAACUGUUGCACUUUUCUGUGCUGGCGGAUCUCCCACCCACUGGGCCUGCUCCAGGGGCAGAAAAGUGCACUACAAAGAAGUGGCUGUUCUCCUUGCACUCACUGGUGGCCAGAGUGGUCCUGCAGCUGCUCUGUGCAUGGACAGCCUUGCACGGCAUCAGAGCAGCUUCCUCCCCCCCCCCCUUUUUCUCUUGGGUUGUCUUGCCUUUCAUUGAGUCUGUGCACGGCUGCUUGGGAAUAGAUGCAUGUUUGUCUUGAGUUCAUACCUGGAUCAGUGAUGUGACUUCCCCUCCUCACCCCUUUUGUGAAUCACUAUAUCCUUGGCAUCGCCUCCUUUCUACCACUUGUGGCCUGACGAGAGUUUUCAGCACACACAAAUCAAUGCAAAAAUGAACUGUCUUUGUAGCUGUAACCCGGAUAUAUGAAGAGCAAACCUAACAAAAACAAGAAGCCCGUGAUGGUAGGGACCACUUUGCUAAUAAAGGUUUAUCAAAGAU